AAUUUCCUUAAAUCUCAAAAUCCUACUGAGAAAAACGAUGUCGCAAGCUCUUAACUUCUUCGUUUCCUCUUCUUCACGUUCUCCGGCGACUUUCACAAUCUCAAGGCCGUCAGUUUUACCGUCAACCGGUAGUUUACGGUUACCGGUGAAGAAAUCGUUGCGUACGUUAGUUGCAAAAGCGUCAGCGGGGUCAGAUCUCGACGAGUCGCAGACGUUGCGGGUGUUAGUAUCGGAGAAUGGUUCAGGAGGGGUAUUAUCGAGUGCGACGCAGGAGUACGGUCGUAAUGCUGCACCGGGGACCGAUUCGAGUUCGAUUGAAGUGGAUACAGUAACGGAGGCGGAGUUAAAGGAGAACGGGUUUAGGAGUACACGUAGGACAAAGUUGAUUUGCACGAUCGGACCUGCCACGUGUGGGUUUGAGCAGCUGGAGGCAUUAGCUGAGGGAGGAAUGAAUGUAGCUAGGAUAAAUAUGUGCCAUGGAACACGUGAGUGGCAUCGUAUGGUGAUUGAGAGAGUGAGGAGGUUGAAUGAGGAGAAAGGGUUUGCUGUAGCUAUUAUGAUGGAUACUGAAGGUAGUGAGAUUCAUAUGGGAGAUCUUGGCGGCGCUUCUUCUGCUAAAGCUGAGGAUGGUGAAAUUUGGAAUUUCACUGUUCGUUCAUUUGAUCCACCACUCCCAGAACGCACCGUUACUGUUAACUAUGAUGGCUUUGCUGAAGAUGUGAAAGUGGGUGAUGAGCUACUAGUAGAUGGUGGAAUGGUGAGAUUUGAAGUGAUUGAGAAAAUUGGCCCAGAUGUUAAGUGUCUUUGCACAGAUCCUGGACUUCUUCUACCUCGGGCUAAUCUGACGUUUUGGCGGGAUGGUAAACUAGUAAGGGAACGCAAUGCCAUGCUUCCAACAAUUUCCUCAAAGGAUUGGCUAGACAUAGACUUUGGUAUUGCUGAGGGUGUUGAUUUUAUUGCUGUAUCAUUUGUCAAGUCUGCUGAAGUCAUUAAGCAUCUUAAGAGCUACAUUCAAGCCCGGGCUCGGGAUAGUGAUAUUUCUGUAAUAGCAAAAAUAGAGAGCAUUGACUCAUUGAAGAACUUAGAAGAGAUAAUCCAGGCAUCAGAUGGUGCUAUGGUUGCGAGAGGAGAUCUUGGUGCUCAAAUUCCAUUAGAACAGGUUCCAUCAGAGCAGCAAAAGAUUGUCCAGAUAUGCAGGCAGCUGAAUAGGCCUGUUAUAGUAGCCUCCCAGCUGCUGGAAUCUAUGAUUGAAUACCCUAUUCCAACUAGAGCUGAAGUUGCUGAUGUUUCUGAAGCAGUUAGGCAAAGGGGGGACGCUUUGAUGCUUUCUGGUGAGUCAGCCAUGGGACAGUUUCCUGAGAAGGCAUUGACUGUCCUAAGAAGUGUUAGCUUGAGAAUUGAAAGAAUGUGGAGAGAACAGAAACGCCAUGAAGUUAUUGAAUUGCCAUCCAUAGCAUCUUCAUUUUCAGAUAGUAUUUCAGAAGAGAUCUGCAACUCUGCCGCCAAGAUGGCUAACAAUUUGGAAGUUGAUGCUCUUUUUGUUUACACCAAGAAUGGGCACAUGGCAUCUCUCUUGUCACGCUGCCGUCCUGACUGCCCAAUAUUUGCAUUUACAACGACAACAUCUGUACGCAGACGCCUGAACCUGCAAUGGGGUCUAAUGCCUUUCCGCUUGAGUUUCUCCGAUGAUAUGGAAAGCAACCUCAACAAGACAUUCUCCUUACUAAAAGCUCGGGGCAUGAUCAAGUCAGGUGACCUCAUCAUUGCUGUUUCUGACAUGCUGCAGUCCAUUCAAGUUAUGAAUGUUCCAUGAGUCCACAUAUUAGUUCUGUGUUAGAGUUUUGAGCUAGGCAACCCCAGUUAUAUGCCCAAUUGAACCAAUUAUGAAGUUCAACGGUUGGUUCUGCUAGGGAGUAAAACAACGACGAGCAAUCCUUCCUCAGUGUGUCCUCGCAAUCCUUCCUCAGUGUGUCCUCGUUUCAGGUGCUGGACCUCAAUGACAUUUGGUGUAACUCAACUGUCGCUUGUAGUCAACAUAGAAUGUAUACCCCCUGUUUUCCUAGGAUUCGGAAGAUGUAUCUUCUACUUGAGUUAUUGAUUUAGAAGUGAGCCUUAGAAAUGAUCGCGAUAAUUAUGGAUUUGUUCUUACAAUUGCUUUUAGUGUGCUGUCUUUGGUGUUUUUUUUAAUGAUCUAUCGGUUUGAAUUACCUUUUGGAGAUUUGUUUAAUAUCAUUUGGCCUAAAUAGAUUGUUCAUCUGAUUGACAUUGACAGGAUAUAACCUGUCUUUAGUUUGUCAAAAGAAAGAGCAGUACAAUGGGAAAAUUAUCAGCCUCA